AUGUUGCAUUAUCAUACUGAUGCUACCGUUCUUUAUGAAAAGAUGAUACCUAUUGAACAACAACAGCAGCAGCAACACCAUGAACGUAGUUUAUCACCCGAUAGUUUAGAACAACGAUUACUAAAACAUCAUCUGAUAUCAGAUGAUGGUGUUGGUGGUGAUGAAGAUGAAUCAUUUCUGUCAUCAUCACCAUCUUUAGCUGAUUCAAUUAGUAUUAAUCAACAAUGUCAUACAAAUUCAACAAAAACGUUUCGUAAAACAUUAACAUAUCAUGGUCUUCAUAAUAAUCAAUCUUUUUUUACAAAUGAGAAUAUCAAUAAUGAUGAUGAUGAUGAAGAUGAUGACGAUAUGGAUGAUGAUCUUGAUGAAAUUCAUAUUGAUCAAGAUGAUGUUAAUUUACUUUUUUCCGAUCCAGAUGAUGGUCUUCUAUGUCGAUUAUCGGGUGAACUAAUCGAUGUAGAUGAUGAUUAUGAUGAUGAAAAUGAUGACUAUUGUAGACAUAUAAGAUCUUUACCUAUUGUAAUGCCAUCAGAUUUUGUUAUUUCAUCGUCAUUAUCAUUUCAAGAUCAACAACAACAACAACAACAAUAUUUUCCUUAUCAUUUACUUGAUCCAAUAUCUGAAGCUGCUAGUGAAGAUGAACGUCGAGCAGCUAUUUCAAUAAUUCGUCAACCACAUAAAUAUAAACAUAGUUCAUCAUCAUCAUUAUCAAUAAGUGCCAAUGGAAAUUAUGAUGGUGAUACAACAACGAAUGAUGAUCUUUCAACAUUAAGUGACAUUGAUGAACAAGAUUCAUCAAUGAAUGAAAAUUUUUUUCCACAAAGACCAUUGAUAUUUUAUGAUCAACAACCACCACAACAACAACAUAUUCAUAAAAAACGACGUCAUACAGAAAUUCAUACUAUGCAUUUAUCAACGAAAGAGGGACGUAAGUGA